AUGUUCUCCAAUAAUUCAAACGCCGUGCAAAUAAACCCGCGUAUUACCACAUUCUUUCUUGCCACCACUUGGCUAGCUGUUGCUAGCCUCAUCUCCAUAAUUACGUAUUGUGCAAGUCUUCUUCUUAACCGCGCAACGCAUAACCUAGCUAGUGGCAGCGGCUGGAUUCUGGACAUAGAAUUCAAACGCCUCAUGAACAAAGUCUGGUGGAGUACUCGCAGUGCUUUGCUUUCAACUUUUGGAACCGCUCUUCUUUUUCAGCCGAGAUUGCUGAGCAAAGACAGUCAGGCUCGGGCCUUUUACGGCUGCAUCCAGCUUUUGUUAAGCUUUCCUCUUCUAUGCAUCGAAGGUUACCUUGCCGGUCAAAUCCGCGGCUUUCAGUCCUCUUUCAAAUUCUUUACAAGCCAGGACUAUACUCCGUACUACGAGAUCAUGUAUUAUGGCGCUACGAGCAAAGCUAUAUUCGGCACUCUGGUGACCAUUUAUUAUCUAGUUUAUGUUUUCGCAUGUCUUGAUAAAGCCCCUGGUAUCCAAAGCAAAUGGAAGUGUUGA